GGCUCUAGGCGCCGCUGUUCACCAAUCAGGGAAUGGGAAGCUGCGCGCUAUUGAGUCCCUCCCUCCCCCGCCUCUACCACACAAAGCAGAAUGAGAUGGGUACUUACUGGAGACUUAGAAGUAUUUUCCUGCGCUUUCUGAUGUAUUUUGGAUGCAGUCGGCCUAGGACUUCAUAGAUACAUAAACCGAUUCACAACCAACCAGCUCGAGAAAUCGCGGAAUAUCGGCUUAGAGCCUGCCAUGGCGAAUCGGCUACAGCGCCUGGACCGCAGUGGGCUGGUGCUGCUGUGCAUUUUCCUGGGGACGCUGCGGGGGUUCCGGGCCGGGCAGAUCCGAUAUUCGGUGCCCGAAGAAACCGAAAAAGGCUACUUCGUGGGCAAUAUCUCCAAGGACCUGGGGCUGGAGCCCCGGGAGCUGGCGAAGCGCGGAGUCCGCAUCGUCUCCAGAGGGAAGACACAGCUUUUCGCUGUGAAUCUGCGAAGCGGCAGUUUGAUCACGGCAGGCAGGAUAGACCGGGAGGAGCUCUGUGAGACGGUGUCCUCCUGUUUUUUAAAUAUGGAACUUCUCGUGGAAGACACCUUGAAGAUUUACGGAGUGGAGGUGGAAAUAAUCGACAUUAAUGAUAACGCCCCCAGCUUCCAGGAAGACGAAGUGGAGAUAAAAGUCAGUGAGCACGCAAUUCCUGGGGCGCGAUUUGCUCUUCCUAAUGCUAGGGAUCCAGAUGUGGGCGUGAACUCCCUCCAGAGCUACCAGCUCAGCCCCAAUAGUUACUUUUCCUUGCAACUACGGGGCAGAAUGGAUGGGGCCAAGAAUCCAGAGCUGGUACUGGAGGGAAGCCUGGACCGAGAGAAAGAGGCUGCUCACCUGCUCCUCCUCACAGCUUUAGAUGGAGGCGAUCCCAUCCGAAAGGGCUCAGUUCCUAUUCGUGUGGUGGUCCUCGAUGUAAAUGACCACAUCCCAGUGUUUACACAGUCCGUAUAUCGCGUGAGCGUUCCAGAAAACAUCAGCUCUGGAACUCGGGUGCUGGUGGUUAAUGCAACGGAUCCAGACGAGGGAAUCAACGGGGAAGUAAUGUAUUCAUUUCGGAACAUGGAAAGCAAGGCUUCUGAAAUAUUCCAAUUGGAUUCACAAACUGGAGAAGUUCUAGUACGGGGGUCUCUGGAUUUUGAAAAAUAUGGAUUCUAUGAGAUGGAAAUUCAAGGCCAAGAUGGCGGAGGUCUCUUUACCACCGCGAUGAUGUUGAUCACUGUUGUGGAUGUGAAUGAUAACGCUCCAGAAAUAACUAUCACCUCUUCUAUUAAUUCAAUUCUGGAAAACUCUCCUCCAGGUACAGUCAUUGCUCUUCUAAAUGUGCAAGAUCAAGAUUCUGGAGAAAAUGGUCAAGUCUCCUGUUUUAUUCCUAACCACUUGCCUUUUAAAUUAGAAAAGACUUAUGGAAAUUAUUACAAAUUGAUAACAAGCAGAGUGCUGGACCUCCUGGGGCUGCGAACGGGUGAGGUGCGCAUGGCGCGUGCUUUGGGUGACAAGGACUCGGUCCGCCAGCGCCUGCUAGUCGCUGUAAGAGAUGGAGGACAGCCACCUCUUUCAGCCACUGCCAUGCUGCACCUGGUGUUCGCAGAUAGCUUGCAAGAGGUACUGCCGGAUUUCAGCGACCGUCCCACACCCUCUGACUCCCAGGCUGAGAUGCAGUUUUACCUGGUGGUGGCCUUGGCCUUGAUUUCUGUGCUCUUUCUACUCGCGGUGAUUCUAGCUAUCGCUCUACGCCUAAGACAGUCUUUCAGCCCUACUGCAGGGGGCUGCUUUGAGUCAGUUCUCUGCUCCAAGUCCGGACCUGUGGGUCCCCCCAGCUACAGUGAGGGAACGUUGCCCUAUGCCUAUAAUUUUUGUGUGCCUGGGGAUCAAAUGAAUCCUGAAUUUAAUUUCGUCACAUCUGUUGAUCAUUGUCCAGCCACACAAGAUAACUUCAACAAAGAUAGCUCUUCCAUGCUACUGGCUAGCAUUUUAACUCCUAGCUUGGAAGCAAAUAAGAUUCUUAAACAGCAAGUCCUUUUAAUAAUUACUCCUUUCGUGGGUGUUCUUGUCGGCCUAGGACUUCAUAGAUACAUAAACCGAUUCACAACCAACCAGCUCGAGAAAUCGCGGAAUAUCGGCUUAGAGCCUGCCAUGGCGAAUCGGCUACAGCGCCUGGACCGCAGUGGGCUGGUGCUGCUGUGCAUUUUCCUGGGGACGCUGCGGGGGUUCCGGGCCGGGCAGAUCCGAUAUUCGGUGCCCGAAGAAACCGAAAAAGGCUACUUCGUGGGCAAUAUCUCCAAGGACCUGGGGCUGGAGCCCCGGGAGCUGGCGAAGCGCGGAGUCCGCAUCGUCUCCAGAGGGAAGACACAGCUUUUCGCUGUGAAUCUGCGAAGCGGCAGUUUGAUCACGGCAGGCAGGAUAGACCGGGAGGAGCUCUGUGAGACGGUGUCCUCCUGUUUUUUAAAUAUGGAACUUCUCGUGGAAGACACCUUGAAGAUUUACGGAGUGGAGGUGGAAAUAAUCGACAUUAAUGAUAACGCCCCCAGCUUCCAGGAAGACGAAGUGGAGAUAAAAGUCAGUGAGCACGCAAUUCCUGGGGCGCGAUUUGCUCUUCCUAAUGCUAGGGAUCCAGAUGUGGGCGUGAACUCCCUCCAGAGCUACCAGCUCAGCCCCAAUAGUUACUUUUCCUUGCAACUACGGGGCAGAAUGGAUGGGGCCAAGAAUCCAGAGCUGGUACUGGAGGGAAGCCUGGACCGAGAGAAAGAGGCUGCUCACCUGCUCCUCCUCACAGCUUUAGAUGGAGGCGAUCCCAUCCGAAAGGGCUCAGUUCCUAUUCGUGUGGUGGUCCUCGAUGUAAAUGACCACAUCCCAGUGUUUACACAGUCCGUAUAUCGCGUGAGCGUUCCAGAAAACAUCAGCUCUGGAACUCGGGUGCUGGUGGUUAAUGCAACGGAUCCAGACGAGGGAAUCAACGGGGAAGUAAUGUAUUCAUUUCGGAACAUGGAAAGCAAGGCUUCUGAAAUAUUCCAAUUGGAUUCACAAACUGGAGAAGUUCUAGUACGGGGGUCUCUGGAUUUUGAAAAAUAUGGAUUCUAUGAGAUGGAAAUUCAAGGCCAAGAUGGCGGAGGUCUCUUUACCACCGCGAUGAUGUUGAUCACUGUUGUGGAUGUGAAUGAUAACGCUCCAGAAAUAACUAUCACCUCUUCUAUUAAUUCAAUUCUGGAAAACUCUCCUCCAGGUACAGUCAUUGCUCUUCUAAAUGUGCAAGAUCAAGAUUCUGGAGAAAAUGGUCAAGUCUCCUGUUUUAUUCCUAACCACUUGCCUUUUAAAUUAGAAAAGACUUAUGGAAAUUAUUACAAAUUGAUAACAAGCAGAGUGCUGGACAGGGAGUUGGUCCAGAGCUACAAUAUAACGUUGACAGCCACAGACCAGGGAAGCCCGCCUCUGUCUUCAGAAACUCAUAUCUGGCUGAAUGUGGCAGAUGACAACGAUAACCCUCCUGUUUUUCCUCACUCCUCUUACUUUGCCUAUAUUCCCGAAAACAACCCCAGGGGUGCCUCCAUCUUCUCAGUGACUGCCCUCGACCCAGACAGCAAACAGAAUGCCCUGGUCACUUACUCUCUGACGGAUGACACUGUCCAGGGGGUGCCUCUAUCCUCUUAUGUCUCUAUUAACUCCAACACUGGUGUUCUCUAUGCCCUACAAUCUUUCGACUAUGAGCAGUUUCGAGACUUACAACUGAGAGUGAUAGCACGUGACAGCGGGGACCCGCCCCUCAGCAGCAAUGUGUCGCUGAGCCUGUUCGUGCUGGAUCAGAACGACAAUGCGCCUGAGAUCCUGUACCCCGCCCUCCCCACAGACGGUUCCACUGGCGUGGAGCUGGCGCCCCGCUCUGCAGAACCUGGCUACCUGGUGACCAAAGUGGUUGCGGUGGACAAAGAUUCAGGCCAGAACGCCUGGCUGUCCUACCGCCUGCUCAAGGCCAGCGAGCCGGGACUUUUCGCGGUAGGGGAGCACACGGGCGAGGUGCGCACGGUGCGGGCCCUGCUGGACAGAGACGCGCUCAAGCAGAGCCUCGUGGUGGCCGUCCAGGACCACGGCCAGCCCCCUCUCUCGGCCACCGUCACGCUCACCGUGGCUGUGGCCGACAGCAUCCCCGAAGUCCUGGCGGACCUCGUCAGCCUCGAGUCUCUGGCUAACUCUGAAACCUCAGACCUUACGCUGUACUUGGUGGUGGCGGUGGCCGCAGUCUCCUGCAUCUUCCUGGUCUUUGUCGUCGUGCUGCUGGCACUCAGGCUGUGGCGCUGGCAUAAGUCACGCCUGCUACAGGCUUCUGAAGGUGGGCUGGCAGGUAUGCCCACCUCACACUUCGUAGGCGUGGACGGGGUGCAGGCUUUCCUGCAGACCUAUUCCCACGAGGUCUCUCUCAUUGCGGACUCGCAGAAGAGUCACCUGAUUUUCCCCCAGCCCAACUAUGGGGACACGCUCAUCAGCCAGGAGAGCUGUGAGAAAAGCGAACCACUCUUGAUAGCUGAAGACUCAGCUAUCAUUUUAGGCAAAUGUGACCCGACAAGUAAUCAGGUGAGAUUUAUUUCUCUGCCUCCUAAUUGUUGGUGUCUUGGCACAAGUCUUUUAAGGAGAUAUUUAUUGAGCCUAUUAUGAAAACUGUUUGGGGGGGCGGCAUAUAUUUAGUUCAUUUAUAUUUAGAGCAAUACAUGUGAGUUUUACUUUGCCUUUCAUGAGAUUACCAUAAUCUUUCAGAACGUUUUUGUGAAAGUCAUUUUUCAAUCCUGGCAUAUUUUCUUUUGAUUUCAAAGGGGCCAUUCAACUAUGCUGGCUUGGUUUGUAGUAAGUUGAAUUUUAGUAUUAUUUUUCUAUUAUCAGUGUAUGAGGCUAUCAAUUUACUAUAUAUAGAUACAAAUUAAUGAUUCACAAACACUUUUUAUUUCCAUUUCAAUUUUGCAGUGCCUUCACUGAUUUGUAGUUAUAUUCC